AUGGACGUCUUGAUCCGAUGCUUUGAUGAAGCCCUGGUCUCGUACAAAUCAGACACCGAGCUGUCCUUUAGGAUCAAACGAGGGUGGGAAGUCUUUGACAAAUAUUAUAGCAAGACAGAAGCAUCGCCCUAUUAUGCAGCUGCCUUGAUCCUUCAUCCCAGCUAUCGCACAACAUACAUCCAGGCAAAUUGGAAGAAGAAGUGGCAAAAACCUGCGUUCAAACAGGUCAAAGACCUUUGGCUCACAUACCGAGACACUGUGGAUGGCGCCCUCUCGCAACAUUUACUAGAUGACGAUGAUGACGAGGACCUUGACGCGUUUGAUCGCAUUUCAAGGAACCUGCAGAAUUGCACUCGACCGUCAAGCCAGGACGAGUACGAAGAUUACAUUUCAUGUGAUCCGUACGACAUUACGCCGACGACGGCCUUGUCAUGGUGGCUUCAAGAGCAACAGAAAACGAUGGCACAAGCUAUCACAAAUGGCCAUAGACAUCCUAUCAAUGCCGGCGAUGAGUGA